CCUACCUGGCUAAAAAGCUGGCUAAUAAUUCCCCAAAUAGUUUUAUCCCGCACCCUAUUGCGCUGGAGUUACCUAUGUAUGUAAAGUUGUUGGAGCGUGGCAUUGAUGGGGUGAUGCUAGACUUAGCCAGGGGGAUGGAGGCAUUUUGGGCAGUUGUGAGAGAGCGGUGGGGAGAGUUAUGGGAUGCACUGCGAGUGGAGGGGGAGGGCCUUGGAAGGGAUGAUGUGUCACACGCAUCCCAUAUCCACUCCAACUCUUACGACAUUACUGGUCGACGGCGCAGUGGGAGCACAAAUGAUAUCCCCACCGGUCCUAUUAUACGCAAACCCUUCGAUGAGUCACUGCGUUCUGAUAAAUCUGGGAAGUCGGGCAAGUCACUUAGGAAUAGUCCUGCAACUGGAACUGGGAGAGGGAUCGAGGAUGUACCACCUAUACCUUCUGUUCUACAGCCGCCAUCACAGUCUCGCAGUAGCGUUUCUCACCCACGCCUCAAGCCUGCACGAAUGAAGAGUCUGCCUGGACCUAUAUUCAGUAACAUACCCUUUGGACUCGACCCCCCCACCAAGCCCAAGCGGGAAGACAACGACAGAGACCGGGGACGUGGCUCGCAGAGACGACCGAGCUUAAAGAGUAAGUUCAAAGACGCAUUCCGACCGUCACAGCACAGAAGGCGGAAUUCACACAGUCAUAUGUUGAUGUUUAACGUUCGGCGCUCAGCUUCAGCGCCAGCUCAGCAAAAACAUUUUGGAUCUCCUCAAUAAUGCGCCAUAUCCUUCCUGCGAUCACCGCAAUCAAGCCGCAACCCCACUAAAUGGAAUGAUAUAUUAAGCGCUCGUCGACACUAUUCACAACUCGACAGUCUUGAGCAUGGCGGACAGCGUAAUGUGAGGCCAGGCCGUUGUGAUUCAGAUCCAGAGUGGAGAUGGUGGAAGUUGUUGUUGCCGUUACCGUGAGCCUUCAAAGCUUCAUGUGUAGCUAACUGUUUCGUUCCAGCAAGGGCUGCGCUCACAGUUGACCCCAAGAGCGAUUCGGACCGUCUUCAACUCUUCAAGCCUUUCACGCCUUUGGAUGGCAAGACCCUCGUGAGCACGCUGCCCUUGAGCCCCGCUACCUUGGUGGUCGGUCUUUCGCUCGUAUCCACGAGAUGAGCUUGAAGAAGCAGGGCAUGCUUGGUCUCACUUUCGCUAAAGGACUACGAUA